UCGAUGUGUAAAUGUACUGUCGAACUAAAUUUGGUCUGACCUUUUACUUCCGGUGGUUGAAAAACGUGAGACCAAAAGCAAGGACAUGGACGAAUAUGCCAGGGAUCCAUGUCCCUGGAGAAUUGUAGAUGACUGUGGUGGAGCUUUUUCCAUGGGAGCUAUUGGUGGAGGGAUCUUUCAUGGUAUUAAAGGAAUGAGAAAUGCACCAAAGGGAACAUACAGACGUUUAGCUGGAAGUUUUUUAACUUUAAGACAAAGAGCUCCAAUUACUGGAGGAAAUUUUGCAGUGUGGGGUGGUUUAUUCUCUGCCAUUGACUGUUCUUUAGUAUACAUCAGGAAAAAAGAAGACCCCUGGAAUUCCAUAACAAGUGGUGCCUUAACAGGGGCAAUACUAUCUGUAAGACAUGGAGCUGGUGCAAUGUUAGGAUCUGCAGUUGUUGGUGGAGUAUUACUAGCCGUUAUUGAAGGAUUGGGUAUAAUGUUUACACGAUAUUCAGCAGAACAAUUUAAUGCAGCCAAUAUGAUGCAGGAAGAUCCCUCCGCUUCAGCUGGUGUUGCACCCAUAUUUGGACAACAACAAAAUAAUUACCAAUGACAAACAAAGGAUUCAUGAAUCUCCAGUCAUCUUAUCAUUUACUUUAAGUUAUUUAUUUCAUGGAUGUAUUCGAUUCUCUGGAGGCUCAUGAACGGAUUUUGUAUACCGGGUAUUGUUUCCAUGGGCAUGUCAAUACUGGUAUAAUUUUCAGCCAGUGUACACAUGUGUUAACAAAUUAAGUAGUGUUUUUCUAUAAAUCUGACAUCUGCACGAGUUACGACAGAUUGUGUAACAGACUGGUGUGAAUCUGUCUAUUGAUUUGUACAACAGACACAUUUGUAUAUGUCUUUUGAACAAAUGCUAUUGUGAUAUUUGUAGUUCUAUUAUAUAAGUACUUUGAUAUAGUUCUGCUCAGAAGUUUUAGAACUGUAUCUAUACAUAAUCAUGUUUAAUGACUUGCCCCAUGGAGAUAUUUUUAACUUGAGAUAUUUCAAAGUUUGUGAACUCAAAUGUUUUUUGUUGUUAGAUAUUGUUUAUGGAAUAAUUUCUUUUGUCGAAGAAAUCACCUCAAAAUGUUUGAUAUAAAAUAUGAGAGAAA